CGGCCGCCAGGUGUCUCUGCGUCACACAAACAAAGAUUGUCAACAGGGAAAUCCAGCCCAGUCUCGCCCCUUUUUGCAAUUAUUGUCCUAUCGAGUGCUGCGGCGGGCCCUGGAGGAUACUAGACGAUGGAUGGUCAUGUGAAUAUUGACCGAGAUGAUAAGCUUGCGGUAGUAGAGGAAGCCGGGAACAAGGGACGUAAGAAGAAGAGGAAGUCUCAGAGUCAAGAGGAAGGAGCAGCUGAGCAUGAUGGUGGCACAGUAGAGGACCAGGAGGCAGCACCCUCCAACAGCCACCCACGGGAGGGAGUAGUGCGGCGCCACCAGAGGACACCAGAGGGCAAUGGGCAACCUGAACCCACCAGGAGGGAUGGGCCAGUUCCUCUUGCAGCCAGACCCAACCCACAGGAUCCUAGAAGACCACAGCACCCACAAGGGGAGUGGGAGGAGGUGGAGGAGGAUGAGGAGGAGCUGAAGUAUGGAGCACAACAUGUCAUCAAGCUGUUCAUCCCAGUGUCCCUGUGCAUGCUGGUGGUGGUGGCAACCGUCUCCUCAGUCACUUUUUACACUGAGAAGGGCACUUACCUGCUGUACACUCCCUUCCAUGAGAAGUCUAAGAAUUUUGGGGACAAGCUGUAUGAUGCGGUGAGGAACGCCCUCAUCCUCCUGGGGGUGGUCAUCGUGCUCACCAUUGUGCUCAUCACCCUCUACAAGAAACGCUGCUACAAGAUUAUCCAUGGGUGGCUGCUGCUGUCUUCUCUGUUGCUGCUGUUCAUCUUCACCAUCCUCUACAUGAUAGAGCUUCUGAGAGGCUACAACCUGGGCAUGGACUGGAUCACUGUGUCCAUCUGUGUGUGGAACUUUGGGGUAGUGGGCAUGGUGAGCAUCCACUGGCAGGGCCCCCUGCGCCUCCAGCAGGCUUACCUCAUCUUCAUUGCCUCCCUCAUGUCACUUAUGUUCAUCAAGUACCUGCCGGAGUACACGCUCUGGAUGGUCCUUGGCGUCAUCUCCAUUUGGGAUCUGGUGGCUGUGCUGUGCCCAAAGGGACCCUUGAGGAUACUGGUGGAGACAGCACAGGAGAGGAAUGAACCCAUCUUCCCAGCACUCAUCUAUUCCUCCAACAUAAUGUACAGUAGUCUGGGUAUGGCCGACUCUGAGGAAUCAAGAAACUCAAGGGCAAGAGGAGCGAGACAGGAGCAGCAGCAUGAGCAGGCUGAGCAGGAGAACCAGGGAGAGGAGCAGGCGGCCGCCAUGGGGCCACACGACGAGGCAGUGAGGAGGAGGAUAGCAGAGAAUGGGUAUGCUGCGGGUGACGGGGAUGCUGGCUUUACUGAGGAGUGGGCACAGCAGCGGGACCAGAGGAUGAUGAGGCGCCAGGACCAGGUGGCCAGCCACAUACGGCAGAAUCCAGCCAACAUUGACCAGCCUCGUCCUCAUCCCCGUGACCUCACUGCCGAGGAAGAAGAGGAGGAACGGGGAGUCAAGCUAGGUCUAGGGGACUUCAUCUUCUACUCAGUGCUGGUGGGCAAGGUGUCUGCCUAUGGGAACUGGAACACCACCAUUGCCUGCUUCAUCGCCAUCCUCAUUGGUCUGUGUCUCACUCUGAUCAUGCUGGCAAUCUUCAAGAAGGCCCUGCCAGCACUGCCCAUCUCCAUCACCUUCGGCCUCAUCUUCUACUUCUCCACACACCUGUUGGUAGUUCCUUUCACGGAGCGCCUGGCCAGUGACCAGUUCUAUAUAUAGUACACACCACACUCUUAACAACUUUAUGUAGGUAGCCUUAACAAGCUUUGUCCUCUCUCAGUCAGAUGGUAUCUGAUAGUGUGAUUGGUGUGUGCUCAGAUUUGUAUGGUUGUGUGUGUGUGUGUGUCUGUGUGUGUGUGGUUGUGUUUUUGCUUGCAUGGACACUUGUAUAUAUGUUGUGUGCAUAAUUGCAGGGAUAGGUUUUCUUUUUAAGAGAAUAUUGUAAUUGUAUUAUGCUGAUUCAGACAUUGAGGUAAAGUUUUGGGCACAUGCUACAGCUGUAUGUGGCCUCAGCGCUCAUCUCCGUCUCAUUGGCCUUUGUGCCUGUGGUGGAUGAUGUCCAUUACCCCAGAACGUUGUGACAUCCAGGUUUCCACAGUUUACCUUUAACAGAUUUCUCCAGGCAUCCAUUUAUCAACCAGCCCAAAAGAAGAAUGAACAGUUGGUGGGCUGUGACCCAACAGCCUCAGCCUAGAUUUGAACUAGGGCCUGUGGAUUCAUAGGCAGGUGUGCUAGCCUCUACAACAUGGAGGUGAUUCUGGAGAUAUAUCACUAGAGAGAGAGAGAUGAAACAAAUGACAGACACAUACACAGUGAAUGCAAAGUUAGCAUUCACAUACUGUGGCUGUGACCAUAAUGUGAAUAUGACAGAUGAGGAUCAUAGACAGUACUUACUGGCUUGUAGUUUUGCUGUUUUAUAAGAUAGACCAUAAUGUUUAUAGUUUCAUGUUACAUGCACAGCCAGUGAUCUGCUUAAAGGUGCGUGUGGAGCGUAGACUUAUGUGAUGCCUCUUGGAAAGGGUGGGUGUGGGUUGUAUUUUUACACAGGGAUGUACAGCAGGCACUGAUUUGUUACUUUCCUAGACUCUGGACAGUUGCUGAAGAAAUCUAGAUAUCAGACCCACAAGCUUAUUUUUUGCAGAGAGUUGGAGGUGUUUUUAGAUGUUGGGAGAGAAAUGUUGACAUAUAUACAUAUGUGUGUAAUUUAGUUUAGAUUAUUGCUGCUGACUUUACCCUCUUGAAGCUUCAAUAUUUAUUUUUUGUGUGAACUUUAUUCCUCUGUCCCUUCAUUACAUAUUUGAUAUUGUAAAGUAUAAA